AUGGGUCGAAAUAAUACAAAGUUGCCUUUGCAACUAAUAAAGAACGAGAAGUCUCGCAAUAAUACUUUUCGAAAGAGGAAGAAGGGAUUGUUGAAGAAAACCUUUGAAUUGAGUGAGCUUUGUGAUGUCAAGUGUUCUGUUAUUAUCUAUGAGAAGAAACCUAACGGUCAACUAGCUAGGCCGGAGACUUACCCCGGAAAGCCUGAGGAGGUCAAGGAAAUUAUUGAUAGAUUUGUCUCAAAAUCAGCCAAGGUAAGGAAAGUUGAAACCUUGGCUGAUUAUUUCGGCAAACAAAUCAUGCAAGUAAAGAAAGAGACUGCCAAAUUGCGUCAAAAGAACAAUGAAGCUCGGUUUCCUUCAUGGGAUGACAGGCUAAAUGACUUAUCAUUAGACCAAUUGCUUGAUCUCUUAAAAAACCUGGAGCACAAAAUCGAAGACGUGCAUCAACAUUUUGAUAAGCAAUAUACUAUUGAUGAGGCUAGCUCUAUACUCCCACAAACGGCCUUGUUCCCGAACAACAACGCAAAUUAUUCUCACAUGUUUGCAUUGAACCAAUACCCUAAUGGUUCGAUGAUGUACAUAAGUGAUAGGGCUUUCACUGAAGAGCACACUAAUCUCCAAGCCUUGUUCCAUAACAAUUAUCAUCAUAAUUACAAUAACAGUUCGACCGUGAUGAACAAAAACGGCAUUCCAUGGCGAAACUACAACAUUUUGAGUGCUCCAUCAACAUCAAAUGUGCCCAAUUACGAUGACCCAAUUACAUCUGUGAGUUUAUGCAAUAUGAUGAAGCAGCACAUUGAGGUUUAUGCCCUCGAUAUGACCUUUUAA